UGUAGAAUAAAAUUAUAUCUUGACUUAAGGAGACCUGGGUGGUAGUAUUUCUGUGGAAUAGUUAAAAAAAAAGGUUAAGGUACACAGGCAAAACCAUAAGAUCUAGACAGCAUAGGGGUUGCAGGCUGUAUUCCAAAUUCUAGAGAUGAGGGGCUCCUCAAAAAUAGUCCUCCAUUUAUUUUUCUUCUUGUUUGCUAAAGUCAUUGCAGAGAUCAAUGAAUGCAAGGAAUCUAGCUGCAGUCACAAUGGUCCAGCCAUCCGGUACCCAUUCUGGCUCAAUGGCCACCAGCCAGACCACUGUGGCUCCCCCGGGUUUGAGCUAUCCUGCACAAAGAAGAAUCAGACGAUGCUAAACCUCUCAUAUUCAGUCAAGUUCUUGGUGAAGGAAAUAAAUUACAGUUCUAUGGAAAUUCAUGUCCAUGACCCAGAUCAUUGCCAUCUGAAAGAGCUUUUAAGCCUCAAUAUAUCUGCCUCUCCCUUUCAGUUCAAAGAAGAAAAUCAAGAACACUACAGCUUGUUCAAUUGUUCAUCAACUAGAACACAUCCAUAUUAUCAGUACUCCAUCCCUUGUCUUAGCGUUCCUGGUUACCCAAUUUAUGUUGUUCCUUCCUCCCCACUCAGCAGCUUGAACCUAUUCUAUUGCCGCAAGAUCAAAAACUUUUCACUCCCACACAGUAUGUUUGAUCAGGAAAAUAUUUUUUCCUUGGAUUGGUCCAAACGGAUAUGUGGAAACUGCAGUGCAGAAAGUAAAAAAUGCAGUUUGAAGAGUAAUAGCAAGGAACCUGAAAUCAUAUGUUUCGACAAAGCACCAAAAGGAACAUCAAGAAAACUAGCGGUUGCAGGUGCAAUUCUUGGUUUCUUUCUUCUUGUGCUAGUGGUCAUUGCAUUAUACUGGGUCUAUAGCUCGGAUAAAAUAGAAAAGGAGAAUCAAUUAAAGAUUGAGAAGUUUUUGGAGGACUAUAGAGCUCUAAAGCCCUCUAGAUACUCUUAUGCUGAUAUUAAGAAAAUUACAAAUCAAUUUAAGGACAAGUUGGGCCAAGGAGGUUAUGGAACCGUAUACAAAGGAAAGCUUUCCAAUGAAAUUCUUGUUGCAGUUAAGAUCCUAAACAAUUCUACAGGCAAUGGGGAAGAGUUUAUUAAUGAAGUGGGAACAAUGGGUAGAAUCCACCACGUCAAUGUGGUUCGCUUGGUAGGCUUCUGUGCUGAUGGAUUGAGGCGAGCCCUCAUUUAUGAGUUCUUACCAAAUGAAUCACUGGAGAAGUUCAUAUUCUCAGCUGCUAUGAAGAACCAGUCACUUGGUUGGGAGAAGCUUCGAGAUAUUGCUCUAGGCAUAGCCAAGGGAAUUGAGUACCUUCACCAAGGGUGUGCCCAAAGAAUCCUCCAUUUUGACAUAAAACCUCAUAAUAUUUUGCUAGAUCAGAAUUUGAAUCCAAAGAUCUCCGAUUUUGGUUUGGCCAAAUUGUGCUCCAAGGAAAAAAGUGUGGUUUCUAUGUCUGCAGCUAGAGGAACAAUGGGCUAUAUUGCACCCGAAGUAUUAUCUAGAAAUUUUGGGAAUGUCUCCCAUAAGUCAGAUGUUUAUAGUUUUGGAAUGUUGUUACUUGAAAUGGUAGGAGGGAGGAGGAACAUUGAUGUUACUGUGGAAAACACCAGCCAAGUAUACUUCCCAGAAUGGGUCUAUAAUCAUUUGGAUCAAGGAGAAGAAUUGCAUAUCCGAAUUGAGAAAGAAGGAGAUGCUAAAAUGGCAAAGCAACUAACUAUAGUGGGGCUUUGGUGCAUUCAGUGGUACCCAAAGGAUCGUCCUUCCAUGAAAGUUGUGGUUCAGAUGUUGGAAGGAGAGGGAGACAAUCUAACCAUGCCAUCUAAUCCUUUCAUCUCCAUGGGUCCAACAAGAACAAAUGGGCGCAGGCUUGAAAGACCUCUUCAACAAGAGCUAGCAGUCAUCUCAGAAUUAGAGUGAAAAAUAAAGUUGGUAAUGCCUGUCAUAUGAAAAUGUAACUUAGGUGGAAAUCAAGUGGUAAUCAUUUAUGAAAAUAAACUCUCAUUACUACUGCCAACAGAACAAUGCUUGUAUAACUGGAUACUUUUUGGGGCUCAAUAGCAGUUGAAACUCAGAAAGAUUGCUUAAAACUCACCACUUUGGUCA